CGAAGGGCGCGUAUGAUUCGUCCUUACACGACAUACGACGAGCGCUGCAAAGAGAGGGCAUGAAAACUAAACUGUUGAGGUCCUCUCGGACGCUCACGUCCGCACACACCGAGCGUGUCGUCCCAAACGUGCUUGCGGUUCACAAAUCGCAACUCGGCUGUUCAGGCGGACAAACAUGGGCCGUUAUAGGCCAUGUGGAAAGGACUGUGUAUAUCAGAUGGCGUUGCGCUGUUCGCUUCCUGUGCCCUCCUAGAUGAUUAUGUUUGCCCGUACCAUGUACCCGGAUAUGAUCGCGCUCCAUACGGCCUCGCGCAUUUUGGCGGAGCGGAUGAACGCGCGGCCUUGUGGAGGAUCUUGUGAGAGGGGCUCCUGCAGUGCAGUUCUACAUACCACGUGCAUACAUGGUAAGAUUUACACCUUGCGUGUUUUGAUGAAGCGGACGACAGGCGAAGAAACGCGGCACCAGGCCUCGGAGGAUGCGGGAGAUGCGAAGAGUAGAACGGCAUCAGAGUCGGACAAGUAGCCGUGAACGCAUGCAGUCGAACGUUAGAUCUUCCCGAAUCUGCCGUCAAGGAAACUGCGAGCUGGUAUUUACAUCCAGGAUGCACAGAUGGUAGGGAAAAGGAACGCCGACUCUGAGGGAGCGUGUAGAAGGAA